AUGGCGGUGCGCGCACAGUUUGAGAACUCCAACGAGGUUGGUGUUUUCUCCACCUUGACAAAUUCUUAUGCGCUUGUCGCCAUUGGUGCGAGCGAGAACUUCUACAGUGUGUUUGAGGCCGAACUACAAGAUGUCAUUCCUAUUUGCAGGACGACUAUCGCUGGAACGAGGAUCGUUGGAAGGUUAACAGCUGGAAACCGAAAGGGCCUGCUUGUACCUACCACGACCACAGACCAAGAGCUUCAACAUCUCCGGAAUAGUCUGCCAGAUGACAUCCGGAUACAGAGGAUAGAAGAGCGCCUAUCGGCGCUAGGCAACGUGAUUGCCACAAAUGACCACAUCGCCCUUAUCCACCCCGACCUCGAGCGUGAAACGGAAGAGAUUAUCGCCGAUGUACUCGGCGUCGAAGUCUUCCGCCAAACUGUCGCCGACAACGUGCUUGUCGGUUCCUACAUGUCCCUCUCCAACCAGGGCGGUCUCGUCCACCCCAAGACCUCGAUACAGGACCAGGACGAGCUCCACCUCGUCGGCGCCGGCAUGGUCGUCAACGACUGGCUCGCCAUCACGGGUCUCGAUACCACGGCGACGGAGUUGAGCGUUGUGGAGAGCGUAUUCAGGCUAGGCGAGGGCGCAGGCCCCAGCAACAUCAACACUCAACUCAAGGAUACCAUGGUAGAAAGCUUCUACUAA